UCCUUCACUUGCUUUGUUUAUUUGCUUGUCAUUUCAUUAAUAUAUUUUAAUUUUUUAGAAAUGUUCUAAUUUUUUUCUUAUUAAUUCAUAUAAUAAAUAAUUAUAACAAAAUAAAUAUUAAUCAAAAAUGUAAAUGUUUCCACAAGUACUGAAAAAUGGUAAUUUAAGUUUUAACAGUUGUAUGAGGUAAUAUGAUUAGCAGCUGAUUAUAAAUAAUAGAUUACAAUACAUUUGAAAUUAUGAAUGUAUUAGGAUUGAGAUUAACGUUAACGAGAAAACCCUGUAACCGCUUUCUCAAUAUUCUGAAAAAUGCUAAGUUUACACCGAAUAUCGCCUAUUAUUAUGCUACUAUAGAUCCUAUAGAUGCAUUUACCAAUGACUUGAUACAGCGAUCCAAAAUUGUAAAUAGAAACAAUGUAUUUGACUUGAACAGCACAAGCACAAGGGGUUUUGCAGAGGCUGAGUCACCAUACCAAGAUAUAUCAAAAAUGACUACUGAGGAAUUGGAUAAAGUGGUUUUACAACUUUUAUCUAAAAAUAAAGACAAACAUAUAGAAUACUUGGUGUUAGAUUGUAUUAAUAACCGUAAAUUCAUUGGUGGACCGACUUUAAAAAAGCUUUAUAGACAUUACAGUCUUGCAGGCAAACCUGACAUUGUUAUGAUACUCCAAAAGUAUUGCAGUAAAGUCGACCCUUAUAUAAAUAAACGCAAUGGAGGUUUCCAGCAUUAUUUAGCUAAGGCACAAUGCUUUAAAGGUAAUUCAGAAAAAGGUCUAGCAAUUUUAAUGGAUGCAUAUAAAAAUAAUGAAUAUUUGAGGACCUUUUAUAGAUCCAUAUUCAAAGAACUCAUUCAUGAUUCAGUACUGAACAGAUCGGAGGCAUCAUUAGUGAUAUUUAAGAGAUAUGUAUUAGAAGUUAGUAAAAUUUGGGAUGAUCAUUACCCGUUGGUGUGCUUCUGGCACAUUUGUUGGUCAAGCACAUGGUUUUCUGAUCAAAUGCUAUCAAAUGACCUUUUAGAAUGUUCAGAAAUGCUUCAGAAAAUUGUUCAGGAUAAAGCUACAGCUUUCACCAUCAGCAUUUUAAAACAGGAAUAUAAUGAAGAUGCAGUAAUGCGCCUGUUACAAACACUACUCAAAUAUAAAAUGAUGUCGGAAUAUGUCAAAGUUUUGCAAAUUCUAUUCAAUUAUAAAUUAAGGAAUCGUGACUUACGCGGUUGUACUGAAAUCAUCCGAAACUGCGACGCAUUAGGUGUGAAAUUACCAGCAGAUCAACAAGGGAGAUACAUUAAAAUGUUAAUAGAAGGAAAACAACCAGAUCCCAGACAACCAACAAAGAAACAUACUUCAAAUUACUUCAAACUCAAAUUUUAGCAUUUACAAAGAAGUUGUAAGUGUAUCUUAUGUACAUAUGUACAAUAAAUAUUUUGUUACGUU